AUGCGGCCUCAGCCCUCCCUGCUCUGGCCCAGCCCAGGGCCCCCAGGGCUGAUGCAGGAGGAGAGUGUGCUCCCAAGCAGGUCUAACCUGAACCUGCCCCUGCCCAGCUCCUGCAAGACUCCUCCACCAGGGGCAGGGCCACCCUGGGGCGCGCCACCUACUGCCGGUGCUCCGAGGAGGAACCGGAGCGAGCGCGCCGCCGUCGCUCCUCUGGGCCCCGCCCCGGCCCCCCUGGCCCGCCCCCCAGUCCUGCCCCCCACCCCUGCUCAGCCCCGCCCCAGCCUGGGCGGCCCACUGUCCAGAGCCCUGAGCCCACAGCGGGCGUCCCCAGGCUGCAGAGGGGAGGAAACAGCACAAGACUUCUUCUGCAGCAGAAAUCUGGGCUCCCGGGUUAACGCGCCCUGCGGAGCCCCAGGCAAACUGCACAAAAGCAGCCGGAGGCUCCAGCCAGGUGAGACUGUACCCGGAGAAUGGAUGAGGACAGCCCGCAUCAAGAAGGGCCCUCAGCUGUGCCCACAGCCAAGGUCGGAAGUUUGUGCUCCCUCUCAGCUGUCACAGGCAGCCCUGAGGCCCAGGGGCCGCUGGCGGGGCUGGGAGAGGUCAGCGACCCCAGGGGCCUGGGUUUGGCCUUCACCCUCUACCCCGUCGACCCCGGGAGUUACCCUCCUGGCUAGAUCUGUCAGAAGGCCAGACUUUGGUUUUAGCGAAAAUGCUGUGAAACACUGAAGGUGCACGGUGGUCACAGAGUCCAAAUACUACCUGGGCGGGCCACUCCCAAGUUGCAUGUUGAGGGGCGGGUCUCCAACUUUGCUGGAACUCCCGCGGCCACCAGCAGAUGUGAGGGCACAGAUUAAGGGAAUCUGUGGGAGGUCACUGGGGAAUUUGCAAAUGCAGGUGAUUUUCAGCUGUCUGACACACGCCAAUGUAUGCGGAGAGGGCGGCCACCGCCGGCUGCCCCCAGCGCCCCGAGAGGCCCCCGAGGGGAUGUUUAACCAGGGCCACCUGUGUUGAGCAGCGUCAGGAUGACCCCAGUCACCCAGUCAUUCAUGUGUCCCCUCC